AUGCGUUCUGACCCACGUGUAGCUCCUGACGAUGUGGCCGCAGACAUAGGCAGCGAAGGUGACGCGUUCGAAGAGUCAGGAGCGGAAGCAGACGCGGACGCGGACGUGGACGCGAAAGAGCUGCUAGACGACGCCAAAGAAGAAAAACUUGCUUCAAAAGAAGAGAAGGAGGACGAAGAGCUCGAAGAUGACGAGGCCGAAAUUGACCCGGAAGAGGACGAGUACGUUGUGGAAGGCAUUAGAAGCCAUAGGAUCCGCAAUGGAAAAGUCGAGUACCAUAUCAAAUGGCUGGGCUACGAGGAGGACGAUAAUACAUGGGAACCAGAAGAUAACCUGCUGCCCCAUGCCGCGAAACUAUUGGCACAAUAUCAGAGCGACAUAGGCGGACCGCCCACGGCAAAGAACGUGAAAAAGGUCAAAUCCAAGCAAUCGCUACGACGACAGUCCUCGGCCGCUGGAUCUCCCGCCCCCAAAAGACGAAAACGCAAUGGUGCUAGGGCAGAUAGCAGCUCCGAAGAUGUUGGAACCUGGUUGCCGCCCAAGGAUGACUGGGAAUCGUACAUUCAAAAGGUGGAAACCGUCGAGAAGAACGAGUUCGGACAGCUAACGGCAUAUAUCUUGUUCAACAACGGGAAGAAGACAAGAGUCGGGAUGGAUAAGGUCUAUCGACAUUGUCCACGACCGAUGCUGAAAUUUUAUGAGGACCACCUGAAAUUCAAGUGA